UUCUUGCUUCCCUUCUUUAAUGAGUAUGCCUCCCAAAGGACUUGCCAGUAACUUGAGCUAUUAUUCAAGUUCCAUUCUUAAUCACACCACAGUUUUAUGUCUAGAGUUCUCAAAAAUCUGACUUUGCGCCAACGCCGCACCGUCGCUCAUCCUACGUCAUCACAGUGCGACUGUUUACAAGCGAGCGCCUGGCUACAGCACCACCUGUACACCAGUUUCCCCCCCCCGUCGUCUCGUCAUCGGGAGGAUGACUAUGGACGUGACCUUCCUCGGGACCGGCUCGGCCUACCCGUCCCCUCACCGCGGGGCGUCGGCUCUGGUGCUGCGGGCCGAAGGGGACUGCUGGCUGUUCGACUGCGGGGAAGGAACCCAGACGCAGCUGAUGAAGAGCCCGCUCAGGGCCGGUCGGAUCACCAAGGUUUUCAUCUCCCACCUGCAUGGAGAUCACCUGUUUGGUCUGCCUGGUCUCCUUUGCACUGUGAGCCUCAACACCAACCCGGAGCAGCAGCACCUGAGCUGCGUGGACAUCUACGGGCCCCGGGGCCUCCGCCACUUCCUACGGGUGACACUCGGCCUCACGGGGUCGCAGCUGCUCUUCCCUUAUGCAGUGCAUGAGUUAGAGCCCACAACUGACCAGAGUCCAGUGGAGGGACAACUCCGCGCCGAGGUGACAGCGGAGUGCGGCCCUCUGCAUCCACAGGAGCAGCCGGGCAGGACGAUCUUCCUGGAUGUUUCCAGCGACAGUUACCUGCUCUUUGAAGACAACAAGUUCUUGGUCAAGGCCUUCAGGUUGUUUCACCGCGUCCCUUCCUUUGGUUUCUGUGUUCAGGAGCACGAUCGACCCGGCAGGCUGAGGACCGAGCUCUUGAAGGAGCUAGGCCUGAAACCCGGGCCGCUGUACGGGCGGCUGAAAGCCGGCCAGCCUGUGACUCUGGAGAGCGGGCGCGUCCUUCUGUCCACUGAGGUGCUGGAAGAAGCUGUUCCCGGUCGAAAGGUCUGCAUCUUCGGGGACUGCAGCGCGGUGGUCGGGGAAGGCCCCCUGAGGCUGUGCAGCGGAGCGGAUGUUCUGGUUCACGAGGCCACGCUCGGGGAUGAGCAGCGAGAGAAAGCGGUGGACCACGGGCACAGCACCCCUGCGAUGGCGGCGGCGGUGGCGCGGGCCUGCCGCGCGCGGCGGUUGGUGCUGUGCCACUUCAGCCAGAGGUACAAACCCUGCUCCCUGCAGAAGGAAGGGGACGGGGACGACGUGUCGGAGCUCAAGAGGCAGGCGGAAGAAGCUCUGCAGGACAGUGGCGUCGAAGUGACUUUGGCUGAGGACUUUCUCACUGUGCCUGUUCCUCUCAGAAGACCGUAGUUAUGAAGCGCUUGGUUUAGUCCAUAGUGACGAUCGUGGGUUCAACUCGCUCGCUCGGGUAAGUUUUCGGCCGUCGUUAUCAACACGAUGGAGUUUACACAUUUUCACUGUGGAUCUUUAAAGUCUGAGUUUGAGAUCUUUUUGUUAACUUUUCUCCAUUUGUCCUCUUAAGUUGAGUUUAACAGCUCACUCUUGACGUUGGGAACAUUAGGUGACGAGUGGGCUUCAGACAAUUGUUUAACAUUUCUGACAGUUGAUCUUUAUGGUAAUUACACAACAAUGCAUUCAUUAUCCACUGUGCAACUGGUCCAUUGAUCUCCAUAGAUUACAUUGUUUUAAUGGAAAGUCUCUAAAUGAAUCGUAUAAAUAUUAAAAUUUUAAGUUUUCUUGUUA